AGCCACACAAAGAGGAUCAAUCAGAGUGAAGCGAUGAUGGUUGGUUGUGCAAUCUCGUCGUCGUCAUCGUUCUCAACUCUCUCGUUCCGCCGUGUCGGCGUUUGCAAUGCGACGCCGUCUUCGUGCAAGCCGCGAGCUACGGUGCCGGUGGCGGUAUUUCCGAGGGCUGGACGGAGGGAGUUGCUGUUCCUUCUCGCGGCGGCUCCGGCGGCGUUGACGGUGAGGGAAUCGGCGGCGCAGGAUAUUGGACUGUUCGGGAUACGGAAGAGUCUGAAGAAAGCGGAGGAACAGGCUGAGGAGAUUGUGAAGGAGGGCUUCGAAACGGCGGAGCGAGGACUGGAGACGGCGGAGCGGGGGCUGGAGAAGGGAAUUGAGACGGCGGAGAAGGAAGUGGAGUCUGCGGUGGGCUUUGGGAGUUUGGCGCAGGCAGGAGCGGUGGUGGGAGCAGAGGCUUUUGCCGUUUUGGUUGCAACGACGGUGGUGAAUGGUAUUUUGGGGCCUGAAGCUAAAAAAACAUAACUCAGUAGAGUAAUGUAUUCUUGUCUAUCAAUGUCAUUAGCAUUCAAUUAUAUUUGUAACAAAAUUGAUCUUAUCACUCUGUAACUGUAAGAUUAUGUAUCAUGUGUUUAUCUUUUGUAAUAUCAAGCAAUUUUCCUUGCA